GAAGUGGACGGUGUUAUGCAUCACUAGACCAAGCGCCAUUUGACAAAAAACGUGAUGAGACCGUAUUCUGGUAGGGAAUGUUACAAAGUAUCUAAGAAAAAAUCACUGUUAUUGUCACGACAACGGUUCUUUGGUAAUAUUUGAAAAGACCAAGUGCCAUUUCAACUAAGUUUGAUUUUGUGUUUUGCAUCACGAAUCUAAAAGCCAACGUCUGGUAUUUAUUUCUGUAUCAUUAGACCAAGCGCCAUUCGUUGGUCUUUGGUCUAGUGAUGCAAAGCAGAUGGCGGCACUAAUUUUCAGCAGACCACAAUAAUGUUGGUUGUUGUGUUUUGUUUACAAAACGUAUCUCACAGUGUUUGAUUCUUAAAAUAAUGUGAAUAUAGUAAAAUAUUAUAAUGGAUCAAGAAUACGGGAUAUUCAAAUCAAGAACAAGACGAAUAUUUGAUAAUGCCAGGAAAGUUGCUGAUGAAUUUUCAAUAUUACAGAAAGAAGACCAGUCACUUUUACAUGAUGAGAAUGUUUGUUAUCAAGCCUUGGAUUCUUCAAGUUCUGGAAUUCUAAAUGUAAUACCUUCACCUUCAAUGGAUGAGCCUUCUCAAGAUGAGUCAGUUAACAAUAAGAAUCCUUUACCAGGUACACUAAGUAGUUCAAAUACUUCUAAUUUUAUUUUAAAAGACUGCCCAUCAACUUUUUUGGAUACAUGUGAACGCUACAAAAACCAGCAAGUUUCUUUUAAUACUGUUAGUACUGAACAAAGUAUGACAGUUUCACCAAACGACAGCAUAUAUUAUUUAUGUAUAGGCAAUAACUCUGAGCUUACCGAGCUUGUGCCGCUAACUUUAGAAGCACCUUCUACAAGUAAUUUGAAUAGUUCAUAUGUUACUGAAAUGGAAUCAUCUUUCAAAGUUAGUAUUGAGCACCCUUAUUGCUUAUCUAACGACAAAAAUUGCAAUGACAUUGAUGUCAGUGACCAUUCCAAUAAAGCACGCCCAAAGGAAAAUGAUAUGCAUUUUGAAACUAUUGAGACAGCCAUUUCUAUCAAUGAAGAAAACAAUGCAAAUGAUAGGGAUAUUUAUGUCUAA